AUGUACCAUCCAGGAAAAGUUACCUCUAUUGCGGACGGUGGUAGUGACGUUGUAGGCGUUGCAUUGAACCAUUCAGUACUGUCAGAUCAAAAUCAUUCGGUGGAACAGGUUGCAUUUGCUAUGGAACGCGUCAACCUUCAUCCAGUGGUGGAUGAUCGUCUUUCUGUCACUCAUGGUAGACAGCGACAAGGAAGCCACAGUAAUCCGUAUGAUGGUGACUAUGAAGAUUUCGAUCCUAUGGACCCAUAUCCUACUUCAGUUGUUGACAAUGGUAGUAUUGUUACUUCUCGAUUAAGUUAUCAAAAAUUUUCUGCUGUUGCUGUUGUUGAACAAGGAGUGCAAACAUUCGAGUGGGAAUCGUUAGAGAAAAAAUUUGAUGUGCCUGCACCCAUGUUAAUUCCUACACCUCCAUCAAAAAUUAUCGAAACUGCAGAAGGUUCGACAAUGACUUGUUUAACGCCAGUAGAAUUGUCAACAAUACUACCGACAGCGGAACCUCACGAUGAAAAUUACGGUUACAAUGUGGGUGGCAUAAGUUCAUCAGUGACGCAUACAUCUCAUCGUACUGUGAAUACUGAAACUGCGCAAGAAAGUGGGACAUAUAAGAUUGAACAAUUAGGUGACCAGUGUGCAGAUAUUGGUGCAAAUGAACGAUCAAAUUCAAUUACUGGAAACAGUUUUUGUAUAGAUUCAAUACCCUCUAAUGAGUUCAGUAUGGAUCCAGUACUUCCAAAUGUCCUGAUGCAACAAAUGAUGGGAAGUACUGCAAGCUCGCAGUAUUCUGCAUCCCCAGCUUCUUAUUCAGCAGCACCUUAUUCAGAGCAGUUUACGGAUCCGUUAAUGAUGUCAUCUUGUAUGCAAGUUAGCCCUGAUCACGUAAGUCCAGUUACUGGUAACGACAUAUUAAUGUUACUAUUACCACAUAUAAUCUCGAAAGUCAGAAAUGUUUCUAAUCAAAAGACGCUUACUCAGCAAUUUGAUGUUCGAUCUAUAAUACAAGCUGCUAAUAGAUUCAUUUAUAUUUCGAAAUUAGUAUCCUUAACAAAUCUCUUGUUCCCAUUGCCAAAUUACGGAUUAAAUAUAUAUAACCAUUCAGUAAUUCGAUUGUUGCAGCCCGAAAAACAUUCACUGCAAGAUCUGGGUAAUUGUGAUUUAUUUGGUGACUUACCUACUGUGAAUCCAGUUGUGCUCAAUAAUAGCAAUCAUCUUACUUCUUUCGAAAGCAUCCAAUUAAAAAAUAUGGAAUCAGACAGCAGUCAAACUCAGAAGGAUCGUCUAGCUCAAGAUUGA